UCAUAUAUACUAUGUAGUCGGUACGUGAUCGAGUCGGUACUAUACCAUUUCAAUUCCUAGGACACGAGAUCUUAUAAUUUCGUUUGUGAUGACAUAAUUCUUGUGUGAAAUAAAUAUUUCUCAUCACAAAAUGUUUUAUAGUUAUAUUUAAAAAGAUACAAAUAUAAAAAAUGGCUUUAACACAAGUUGGUUCUACAGAUUAUGUUACUAAAUUUGAUUGUAUAGUAGAAAAACUACUUGUAUUGACAAAAAGGAAGAAAAAUAGUGAAACAAAGUUGAUCAACAAUUACCUUUAUGAUCUUAAUAAUCUUGAUUAUCGAUAUUUGACAGGUUUAAAUAAUGAUGCAGUACAAUUGCUGAUUGAACAAUUAUGUAUUAUCAUCACGCCUGCAGAAACUGUUUUGAUACAAAAUUUUUGUAAACUAUUAGUCAAUAUAACUCAAAACAAUAUUGAGCUUCAAGAACAAACAUUUAUAUAUUGCAACGAAUGGAUUAUAGAAGUUUUUAAAUCUGCCUUACCAAUUACGCAUAAUAAUAUGCUUUUAACCCUAAAAAGUUUAUUAACAAAUAAACAAUUUGGUAAUAUUAGUCAUUAUUUGAAAUUAUUAAUUGAAGAUGAUCAGUUACUAAAAAAGUAUUUAAAUCUAUCUCAUGUACAAUGGUCUGAAAUUCACUAUAGUGCAAUUAGUUGUUUAGAAGGAAUUUUAAUGAGCCAUAAUAGCACUUUCAUAGCAAAAGAAUUGAUAUAUAUCAUUAAAGAUAUCACAUUAGAUAUUGUUUCUUCUUCUUUAUAUUUAAAUGACAAUAAAUAUUAUCAUACGAAAAUAUUAUGUUCUUGCUUACAUAUUCUGCAAAUAAUAACAGUUAAUGAAAUCUUGCCACAUUCCAUUGAUUUCAUGGGAGAAAUUUUGGGAGUAGUGCAAGCAUUUUUAUUUUAUGGUCUCAAGGAUUAUCCUCCCAUAAAACCACAGCUACUUCGUCCUGCAGUAAUGAAUCUUCCAGAACGAAUUCAUAUAAUUCCUAAAUGUAAGAAUUUGAAGAAUCACAAAGCAAAAGUAAGAAAACAACCAAUUAAAAAGGUUGGUACUGAAGUAAAAAAUAACACUGCACCAGAAUGCAAAGGAGUUAACUUAUAUUCAAGUGAUUCUGAUACCUCAGAUACUGAAAGUAAUAAUUCUGUCUUUAUGGAUUCUAAAGUAAGAUUAGAAUCUGUACGGUUACUGCAGGUACUCGUUGAAAAUUCACCAAAUCGUGAAAUAUUUGGAUUUUGGCCACAAAUUGUUGCCACUGGAUCACGAAACAAUGCUAGAGUAUUGACUAGAAGUAUUUUAAAGGAAUGUGUAUCUAAAGUGAAGCAACAUAUGCUAAGCACACUAACAGAAUUAUUGGUAGAUGCUAAACCUUUUCUAAUGCAUGCAGAAGAUGUUCAUCAUACAUCUUUUAUUACCUUUUUUGGUACAGUAUGCCUAAUGAUAAAAGAAUUGCAUUUCACAUUAUGUUUGAUUUUAAAUGGUGAAACAAAUGUAGCUGUUUUAACUCAUGCUUUAAAAUGUGCUGCUGCUUUAGUUCAAGGCACACCAUAUACACGUUUGAAAACAGGACUUGCUACAAAAUUAAUGAGAAAUUGUAGACCAUACAUAUUUCACAAAGAUCCAACAGUUCGUGUUGCUGCAUUGUCAGUUUUUGAAGCUAUUGCUUCCUGUGAUCCAGUAACCCCAGAAAUAUUUGAAAUACUCGUAAAGCAAUCUGCUGUAAACAUAGCAUCAGAUCAACCUGUGAAUAUUUCAGUUAGUGACAAUACAGAAGAAGAUGAAGAAGGAGAAGAAGAGAUAGAUAUUGAAGAUUUGAAAAAUGAUUUGAUAAAUGGAUACAAUAAUGAAUUAUUCAAAGAAACAAAUAUUUGUUUUUUAAUUCAUGUUUGUUUGGAAAAUAUAUCAAAUAAGACAAUGAGUACACCUGUUCGUCUUCAAUCACUAAAAUUAAUUGGUAGAAUGGCAUUUAGUACUGGAAGUCUUGUGUUUCCACAUACAGAGUUAAUUACAAUGACUUUAGUAGGAAUCAUACAAGAUUCUGAAACACAAAUAAUCUUACACGCUUGUCGGGCUUUGGAAAUUAUGGCUGGUUGUCUCAUGAAUAUUGAUUCAGAGGAUAAAAAUGUUUCAAUAUUUUGGAAUAUUAUAUUUGACCCUAUAACGUCCCUUCUUCAACACCCACAAACAAUAAUAAGAGAAGCUGCAUGUGAUUGUCUAGGCAGUAUUAAUUCUAUUAUAUUUGCCCAACUUCAAAGACAGAAAGCAGUUUUAAUCAUUACAAUAUUAUUUGGCGCAGUGCAUGAUAAAGAAAGUGCUGUAAGAGCUGCUGGAUUGCGUGCAUUAGGAAUGUUAGUCACAUUACCUGCAUUGAAAGAAGAAACUGGAUUUUUAAUGGAUUUAGCUGAUAUAGUUUGUUUAACUGCUGAUGAUAAAAAUCUUGGCGUUCGUAUUAAGGGAGCCUGGGCAUUAGCUAAUUUAUGCAAUUGCCUCUCUAAAGAAACAAAUCACGAAGUAGAACCUAUUCCUUUGGAAAUAUUAUUACCACAAAUUUAUCAAGUCAGUAUUAAAGCAUCUAAGGACAAUGAUAAAGUAAAAUGCAAUGCUGUUCGGGCUCUUGGAAGUAUUCUGUACUUAUGUCCUAACAAACAUAUACUGAAAGACGCAUCAUCAGGAUUAGAGGCUCUUAUAAAUUGUGCUACAGUGGGAAACGAUAUGAAGGUUCGUUGGAAUGCAUGUCGAGCUCUAGGAUUAGUUUUAAGUAACAAUCCAGAUAAUAUAUUACAACCUUCUUGGCGGGAUCAGGUGUUUCCUGUAUUGUGUAAUUUAAUUUGCGAUAGUCCGAACUUCAAAGUGCGUACUAACGCAGCGUGGGCAUUAUAUUCCUGUAACUCAUACGGAAAGUAUAUUAUAACUUUAUGGAAGAGUCUUAUUUUAGCAUUUGAAAAUUCUCAGCAUGUACCGAGUUACAUCGAAUAUCCUCACCGUGACGCUCUUAUUCAACAGUUAUGCCUUACUCUUAGCCAUGUGGCUACUUGUACAGAAGUGUCAGAUUUGCAAAAUCUUUGGACAGAAAUAAGCGAACAUGUAGAUGAUGUUUCGAACUAUGUGAAACAGUUCCAGGAGAUCAUUGUGCCUGAAAAAAUGGGAGAUUUAAUAAAGGCAAAAUCUCAAUUAGAAAAAUAUAUGAGAAGUGCUUCAUUAUUAGAAGAACGAAAGAUUGCUCAAGUCUUAGCAAGUAUUUUUGAAAGAACUAAGAGAUAUGACAACUUAGAUAGUGUUGUCUUAACUUAACAAUUAACAAAGUAAUAAAUUAAUUGUAUAUUAAUAAUAUAUAUUCAUGUGCAACCAACAUUUGAAAUUCUAACAAUAAUUGUGCUGAAAACAUACAUACGUGUUUAUUUACACAAUAUAUAAACAUGUAUGUAGGUAUACAAGCAUGUAUGUAUAUAAAUGUGUAAAGAUGUACAUACAGAAUAUUAAAGCGCAGACUAAAUUUAUUUAACAAAUAUGUCCUUCGAAUUUUUUAAAAAUAAAAUUUAUAUAUAGAAUAAUA